CCUGGCUAUCGCCACGAACUUUGCUAAAAGUAUCUAAUCUCGACUCCGCCUGCGCACAUUCCUCCCAACCUUCCUACUGCGUAACUCUGCAUACUCAUACUUUUGGGUACGGGCGUACCUACACCACAAGAGUGCGUACCAAAUGCGUCCCGUAACCUCCACUGCUCCAGUCCCGCGAGCCUCGAAUCCGCCGCCCAUCCGCCGCCCACUGCCAUCAAUUACGCUCAUGGAUCACCUCUAUUUGCCGUCGAUUUGGCCUGUGUGGUCCUGGCGCAGGAAGCUUGGCAGUCUCAGGGAAGGCUGCACAAGGCUGGACGAAACUCGCUUGCACCUCAGCCAGUUUCGCAUUUCGCCCUGGAUCAGCACAUCGUACACCAUUACCGACCCACAAUCAUCCUCAACCUACCCACCACUGCCACAUGCUUCCUCCUGGUCGGCGAUGCUGAACCCAGAGGUCGGACAUUUCAGGCAUGAAGAGAUCUCAUUGAAAUGCCUGCCGUGGAGGCUUGAGGGCUUCGCCUCGUACCGCACCCGCUGCUCGCAUGAUGCUCGGUCGAUCAUUAAAACAGGAGCCCGCCCGUUUUCGUCUCAACUUUAACCUUCACCUCCAAUGACGUCCGCCGGGCAUUCUCCAUGGUGGAUCCAUUGGAAGCGGAAGCCUUCUCUUGUUGUUUGGGCCACCAGAUAGAUCUCCAUCAGGGCAGCUUGCACUUUGUCAGACCGGGACUUGCAUUCCACGAACAAGCAAUUCUUGGCGUACCCACCCAGAUCCAAGGCGACUGUGAUACAGCC